GGAAAUGGAAAUGAAGAAAUUCUUACCUGUUGCUCUUUCUUUAGCUUUGGUUUUAGGAAUCACUGAAAGUUUGGAUUUUCAUGGAAAGGAUUUGGAAUCUGAGGAAAGUUUGUGGGAUUUAUAUGAGAGGUGGAGGAGUCACCACACUGUUUCUACAAGUCUUGAUGAGAAACACAAGCGUUUCAAUGUGUUCAAGGAAAAUGUCAUACAUGUUCACAAAACUAACAAGAUGGAUAAGCCCUAUAAGUUGAAGUUGAACAAGUUUGCAGACAUGACUAACCAUGAAUUUAGGUCUGUUUAUGCUGGCUCGAAGGUUAAACGUCAUAAGAUGUUUUGUGGGACGACACCUCGAGGAAAUGGGAGCUUCAUGUAUGAGAAGGUUGACGAAGUCCCAUCAUCUGUUGACUGGAGGAAGAAGGGUGCUGUGACUGCAGUUAAGGACCAGGGUCAAUGUGGAAGUUGCUGGGCAUUUUCGACCAUCGUUGCAGUUGAGGGUAUCAAUUAUAUUAAGACAAAUAAGCUAGUAUCUUUGUCUGAACAAGAGUUGGUGGAUUGUGACACUACAGAAAAUCAAGGAUGUAAUGGAGGGCUGAUGGAAUAUGCUUUUGAGUUCAUUAAGAAAAAGGGAGGUGUAACAACAGAGUCUACUUAUCCUUAUCAAGCUGAAGCUGGAACUUGUGAUGUUGAAAAGGUAAACAAGCCGGUAGUGUCUAUUGAUGGGUAUGAGAAAGUUCCUGAAAAUGAUGAGGAUGCAUUGCUGAAAGCUGCUGCAAACCAACCAAUAUCGGUAGCCAUAGAUGCUGGGGGUUCAGAUUUCCAGUUCUACUCGGAGGGUGUAUUUACUGGAAAAUGCGGAACUGAGCUGGAUCAUGGAGUGGCAAUUGUGGGCUAUGGAACAACUCUUGAUGGAACUAAGUACUGGGUCGUGAGAAAUUCCUGGGGACCUGAAUGGGGAGAGAAAGGUUACAUCAGGAUGCAGCGUGGCAUCUCUGACAAAGAGGGACUCUGUGGUAUUGCAAUGGAGGCUUCGUUUCCCAUCAAGAACUCCUCAACUAAUCCUUCAGGAACCAGAACCAGAUCUUCCCCCAAGGAUGAACUCUAA